AUGCCACCCUUUGCGACCGACGCUCCACCCGACGACAACCUCACAAAGGUCGCCGGCUGUCCAUGGGAUAACCCAAUUCGUCUGGUCUGCAUCUCCGACGCCCACAACACAGCACUGGUCGGACCAACUUCCACCGGGCGACAGCCUCGUGCACGCUGCCCCAUAGGCACAAAGUCGUCGUCGCUGGCAACCACGACCUCUUGCUGGACUCUGACUUUGCGGCCGGCGCAUCCCGACAGGGAGCUGCAACGAAUCGAGGGUAGCUUGCGUCGGGACCUCGACCGGGGAGACCUGCAGGCAGCUGAUGGAGGAAAUUUGGCGGUCCAGGCCAAAGGUGGUGGUCUGUGGCCACAUUCACGCAGUGGGGUUGACGCUGCACUUGGCAUGGAUGGCUUUUUGAAGCAUGUUCACUUUUGGCAGCAAAAAGCAUCGACCAUGUCUAGAAGCACAUUGCUGGUGAAUGCCGCCGUUGUUGGAGACGAAACUGUGGCCUUGUGA